AUGGCGCACUUUCCUUGAAAAGUUGGUAUUGUACGAAAACCAACCGUUUUUAGGGUGGCAUUUUGACAGUUUCUUGACUUUUUGACUAUAACCGAUAUAUGUUAGAUACAGUUAAAUACUUAUCGGUUAAAAAUCUAUUGGCAUUGCAUUUAGGGACGUUUAUCAUGGGAUGAGAGAAGCCCGCUGCUGAAGCCAAGCAUAGCCAACACUGACACACAGGAUGGAGAAGCAAACAACUCCUAGGGAAAAGUUUUCCAUAUUUGGCUCCCGGACAGUCUGCAGAGUUGUGAGGCACGCCACUGAAGAGGAAGGCCCUGGAUGUGGCCUUAGUAAGGCAGAAUUCAUGGAGAGAGUUCAGCAGAGCAACCAGGCAUGUCAACGCGGGGACUUCCAGGCUGCCGUUUGCCUCUAUGGCAAUGCCCUGCAAGUCGACCCACAGAACUGUAUUCUCUACAGCAAUCGUUCAGCAGCCCUUCUGAAGCUGGGACAGUACCAGGCUGCACUGGAUGACGCCGUCAAGGCCCGUCUGUUCAACCCCAAAUGGCCCAAGGCAUACUUCCGACAGGGUGUUGCCCUUCAGUACCUUGGACGGCAUGCCGACGCGCUGGCCGCCUUCGCCUCCGGGCUGGCCCAAGACCCCAAGAGCCUGCAGCUGCUGGUGGGCAUGGUGGAGGCUGCCAUGAAGUCGCCGCUACGAGAGACCCUGGAGCCCACCUACCAGCAGCUGCAGAAGAUGAAGCUGGACAAGAGUCCGUUCGUUGUGGUGUCCGUGAUCGGCCAGGAGCUGCUGACAGCGGCCCACCACACCGCCUCCGUGGUGGUGCUGGAGUCCGCGUUAAAGAUCGGCACCUGCAGUCUCAAGCUCCGAGGCUCCGUGUUCUCAGCCCUCAGCAGCGCUCACUGGUCCCUAGGCAACGCCGAGAAGAGCACUGGAUACAUGCAGCAAGACUUGGAGGUCUCCAAGACACUAGGUGACCAAACAGGUGAAUGCCGGGCCCAUGGCAACUUGGGCUCAGCAUUCUUCUCCAAGGGGAACUAUCGCGAGGCCCUGACUAACCACCGCCACCAGCUGGUCCUGGCCAUGAAGCUCAAGGACAGGGAGGCAGCUUCUAUGGCCCUGAGCAGCCUGGGACAUGUGUACACAGCAAUCGGAGACUACCCUAAUGCCCUGGCCAGCCACAAGCAGUGUGUUCUACUGGCCAAGCAGUCCAAGGACCAGCUGUCAGAGGCCAGGGAGCUUGGCAACAUGGGUGCCGUCUACAUCGCCAUGGGUGACUUUAAAAAUGCCGUCCAGUGCCAUGAGCAGCACCUGGGCAUCGCCAAGGCCCUGGUCAACAAGAGGGAGGAGGCCCGCGCUUACAGCAACCUGGGCAGCGCCUACCACUACCACCGCAACUUCGACAAGGCCAUGUCCUACCACACUCACGUCCUGGAGCUGGCCCAGGAGCUGGAGGAGCAGCCCAUUGAGAUGAGGGCGUACGCCGGUCUGGGUCACGCCGCACGCUGCAUGCAGGACCUGGAGAGAGCCAAGCAGUACCACCAGCAGCAGCUGGCCAUCGCCGAGGGCCUGAAGGACAGGGCUGCAGAGGGAAGGGCUUCCUCCAACCUGGGCAUUAUCCACCAGAUGAAAGGAGACUAUGAGACUGCACUGAAACUCCACAAAACCCACCUCUCCAUCGCCCAGGAACUCAGUGACUAUGCUGCCCAGGGCCGGGCCUACGGUAACAUGGGCAACGCCUACAACGCGCUCGGGGCCUUUGACCAGGCUGUUCGCUACCACCGCCAGGAGUUGCAGAUCUCUAUGGAGGUCAACGACAGGGCUUCCCAGGCCUCCACCCACGGUAACCUGGCUGUGGCCUACCAGGCCCUGGGGGCGCAUGACCGUGCCCUGCAGCAUUACCAGAACCACCUCAACAUCGCCCGCGAGCUACGGGACAUACAGAGUGAGGCUCGCGCCCUGGGCAAUCUGGGGAACUUCCACUGCUCCCGGGGAGAGUUUCCCCAGGCCGUGCCCUACUACGAGCAGUAUCUCCGGUUGUCCCCGGACCUGCAGGACAUGGAAAGUGAGGGGAAAGUCUGCCACAACCUGGGUUAUGCCCACUACUGCCUGGGGAGCUACCAGGAUGCCGUCAAGUACUAUGAGCAGGACCUGGCCCUGGCGAAGGACCUGCAUGAUAAGCUGAGCCAGGCCAAAGCCUACUGUAACCUUGGACUGGCUUACAAAGCUCUGGGUGACUUCACAAAGGCAGAGGAGUGUCAGAAGUAUCUCCUGUCUCUAGCCCAGUCUCUUAACAAUGCACAGGCUCGCUUCAGAGCUCUCGGCAACCUGGGAGACAUCUUCAUCUGCAAGAAGGACGUAAACGGAGCUAUCCAGUUCUAUGAACAGCAGCUAGCCCUGGCUCACCAGGUGAAGGAGCGCAGGAUGGAGGCGUGUGGCUACGCAGCCCUGGGCGCCACCUACCGACUAGUGCAGAAGUACGACAAGGCGCUGGGCUACCACACCCAGGAGCUGGAGGUGUACCAGGAACUAGGCGAUGUGCCUGGGGAAUGCAAAGCCCACGGCCACCUGGCGGCCGUCUACAUGGCCCUGGGGAAGUACGCCAUGGCCUUCAAGAGCUACGAGGAGCAGCUGGAGCUCGGCCGCAGGCUAAAGGACCCGGGAGUGGAGGCCCAGGUCUAUGGCAACAUGGGCAUAACCAAGAUGAACAUAGGGGUGAUGGAGGAGGCCAUAGGCUACCUGGAGCAACAGCUGGCCACCCUGCAGCAGCUUAGUGGCAACGAGGCCGUGCUGGACCGGGGCAGGGCCUAUGGUAACCUGGGAGACUGCUAUGAAGCCCUAGGGGACUUUGAGGAGGCCAUUAAAUACUAUGACCAGUACUUAUCUGUGGCCCAAAGCCUGAACCGCAUGCAAGACCAGGAGAAGGCCUACCGAGGCCUGGGCAAUGGACACAGGGCGAUGGGUAACCUGCAGCAAUCCCUGGUGUGCUUUGAGAAGCGCUUGGUGGUGGCCCAUGAGCUGGGUGAGUGUGGGGGGAAGGCCCAGGCCUACGGAGAGCUGGGAGCCCUCCACAGCCAGCUGGGGAACUACGAACAGGCCAUCUCCUGUCUGGAACGUCAGCUUGGCAUCGCCCGGGACACCCAGGACCGCCUACUAGAGGGCGACGCCAGCUGUGGCCUGGGCGCGGUGUACCAGUCCAUGGGCGAGUAUGAGACAGCCCUGCGCUGCCACCAGAGUGACCUGGAGAUCGGUGAGGAGACGGGCAACCCCGCCCGACAGGGCCGUGCCUACGGCAACCUGGGCCUGACGUAUGAGUCCCUUGGUAACUACGAGCGGGCGGUGGUGUUCCAGGAGCAACACCUGAGCGUUGCAGCUCAGACCAACGACCUGGCGGCCAAGACCCUGGCCUACGGCAGCCUGGGGAGGACACACCAUGCCCUGCAGAACUACUCCCAGGCUGUCAUGUACCUGCAAGAAGGCCUACGGCUGGCGGAGCAGCUGGCUCGCCGUGAGGAUGAGGCUAAGAUCCGCCACCGACUGGGGCUGUCUUUGUGGGCCAGUGGGAACCUGGAGGAGGCCCAGCACCAGCUCUACCGAGCGUCUGCGCUGUUUGAGACCAUUCGCCACGAGGCCCAGCACAGCACGGACUACAAACUGUCUCUGUUCGAUCUGCAGACCUCCUCCUACCAGGCUCUCCAGAGGGUCCUUGUCAGCCUAGGUCACCACGACGAGGCCUUGGCGGUGGCGGAGCGGGGUCGGACCCGGGCCUUCGCUGACCUGCUGGUGGAGCGGCAGACGGGCCAGCAGGACUCGGACCCCUACACCCCGGUCACGGUGGAACACAUCCUGGACACUGUGAACAGCCAGAGGGCUCUGGUGCUCUACUUCUCCAUGGCUGCUGGGUACCUGUACAGCUGGCUGCUGGCCCCAGGAGCCGGGAUCCUCAAGUUCCAUGAGGUGUACUUGGGAGAGGGCGUGACGGAGGGCGGGCCUGACCUCCAGGAGGGUGGGGGAGGGGGUGUGGCCAGUGGGUCAUCUUUGGAGCAGCAUAUUUCCAGUGCUCGGGAGGCCCUCGGAGUGGAGUCCUACUACAGCAGGGGUUGUUCCAGCAGUGAGACCGAGAGUGAAGCUGGGGACCUUUUGGACCAGCAGUUUGAAGAGCUCAACAACAAACUCAACUCUGUGACUGACCCCACGGGUUUCCUCCGCAUGGUGUCCAGAAACAACCUUUUCAACAGGAGCUGCCAGAGUAUGACCAGCCUGUUCAGUAACACCAUGUCCCCCGCUAAAGACGGCUGCUCCUCCCUGCCUCACCGACCCAGCAGUCUCAGCAAACCUCCUCUACGUGCCCUCUACGACCUGCUCAUCGCUCCCAUGGAAGGGGGGCUGAUGCACUCCAGUGGACCUGUGGGAAGACACCGGCAGCUUGUCUUGGUGUUGGAGGGCGAGUUGUACCUCAUCCCCUUUGCCCUGCUGAAGGGCAGCUCUUCUAAUGAGUACCUGUAUGAACGUUUCAGCCUCAUCGCAGUGCCUUCCAUCCGGGGGCUGGGGACCAGCUCUAAGAGUCAUCCUCGGCGGGCCGGGCCGGCUUCCUGUGGGGGCGUGUCCAUGGCAGCGGUGGUAGGGAACCCACGCCUGCCGUCGUCUGUGAUGGACCGCUGGCUCUGGGGGCCCAUGCCCUCGGCUGAGGAGGAGGCCCUGAUGGUGGCUGAGCUGCUGGGUUGCCAGCCCCUUGCCGGGUCCAUGGCCACCAAGGAGAGGGUGAUGAGUGCCCUCACCCAAGCAGAGUGCGCCCACUUUGCCACCCACAUCUCCUGGAAGCUGGCCGCCCUGGUGCUCACGCCCAACCCGGAGAGCGUAGCGGGCGGGGCAGGGGGCUCGUUUGGGAGCAGUAGCUACACCAUCCCAGAGGGCCUGAACCUGCAGGACGAGGGGAGCGACGUGGAGAGUAUCUGUGACAGCCCUCCCCUGCAGGAGUUCCUCCUCAGCGCUGCGGACAUACUGGACCUGAGGCUGCCCAUCAAACUGGUGGUGCUGGGUUCAUACCAGGAGUCCAGUAGUAAGGUGACGGCGGACGGGGUGGUUGGUCUGACCAGGGCCUUCCUGGCUGCUGGCGCUCAGUGUGUCCUGGUGUCUCUGUGGCCUGUUCCCGUCUCAGCCUCCAAAGUGUUCGUCCACGCCUUCUAUACUGCCCUGCUCAAUGGGACCAAGGCCAGUGCUGCCCUGGCAGACGCCAUGAAGACGGUCCAGAGCAGCAAGCAGUACUCCCACCCCUCCAACUGGGCAGGCUACAUGCUGAUCGGCAAUGAUGUGAAACUGAACAGCCCCUCGUCCCUGAUUGGCCAGGCUCUGGCUGAGAUCCUACAGUAUCCAGAGAGAGCACGAGAUGCCCUGCGAGUCUUACUGCACCUGGUGGAGAAGUCCCUCCAGAGGAUCCAGAACGGCCAGCGUAACUCCAUGUACACGUCCCAGCAGAGUGUUGAGAACAAGGUGGGCGGCGUCCCUGGCUGGCACGCCCUUCUGACCGCCGUGGGCUUCCGCCUGGAUUCUGCUGGCAUCGGCAUCCCAGCCGCCGUCUUCUUCCCCACCUCAGACCCCGGGGACCGGCUGCAGCAGUGUAGCACCACCCUGCAGUCAAUACUGGGUCUGCCGCCACCAGCUCUCCAAGCCCUGUGUAAACUCAUCACCGCCUCGGAGGCCGGAGAGCAGCUCAUCAACCGGGCUGUUAAAAAUAUGGUGGGAAUGCUCCACCAGGUGCUGGUCCAGCUGCAGACAGGGGAGAAGGAGCACGACUUCUCCCUACAGCCCAUCCAGGUGUCCAUCAGUGUGCAGCUCUGGAGGCUGCCAGGAUGCCAUGAAUUCCUGGCUGCUUUAGGGUUUGACCUGUGUGAGGUGGGCCAAGAGGAGGUGGUACUGAAGACGGGCAAGCAAGCCAACCGCCGCACCAUGCACUUUGCCCUCCAGUCCCUGCUGGCACUGUUCGACUCCACAGAGCUGCCAAAACGUCUCAGCCUGGACAGCUCGUCCUCCCUGGAGUCCCUGGCCUCGGCCCAGUCUGUCUCCAACCCACUGCUGCUGGGCUACCCUAACCUGCCUUUCUCCCCACCAUGCCUGGACAACCUGGCCUCCGACGCCAUCUCCGUCUACAGCCUGAGCUCCGUGGCCUCCACCAUGAGCUUUGCAUCCAAAUCCGAGUGCGACUUCCUGGGCCAUCGACAGCGCGCCGGGGCCACGGCACACUUCUCCGCCCACAAACACCCGCAGGUCCCCCGCAGUCGCUCCUCUCCACACGGGGCGGGCGCAGCAGCGGGAGGGGGCCGCGGGGAUGAUGAGGAGUACGAAGGCUUCUCCAUCAUCAGCAGUGAGCCGCUGGGGAGCCACUGUGACUCCCUGCCUCUACCUCCAGGCCACGGGCAGCGCCACCUUCAACGCGGGAGCAGAGGGGUCGCCGGGGGACCUGGCUCGGGGGCUGGGCGGGGUUACCAGGUGUCUGUGUCGUCACGAGGAAGUGUCAGCACCCCCACGUCCCCUGUCAAAACAAGCCUGGUCCCAGACCCCAACUCCCCCUUCCAGAAGGUACCGGGCAAGGUGAGCAGCUCCGACACUGGCGAGUCGGACCAGUCCAGCACUGAGACAGACAGCACCGUCAAGUCCCAGGAGGAGAAGGCCGUCCCGCUGGACCCCCAGGAGCUGGCCCAGAAGAUCCUGGAGGAAACCCAGAGCCACCUGCGGGCUGUGGGGACCCUACAGCGGGCCGGAGCAGAGGGGGCCGUAGCCGGGUCCGCCUCAGCCCGGAGCUCCGCCUUCCGUUCGGCGGAGACCAGCGCCUUCAGCCGUCCCAGCAGCAGCGCCGGUGCACAGUCCUCCCCGCGGCCCAAGCCUCCAUCCCGCUCCUCCUCGCAGCAGAAGAUCAGCUCCGGUUACAACAGCCCCGCGGCCUCGGAGACCUCCCUGAAGGACGGCAGUCAACCCUCUCCCACCCUGGACAGCCACGCCCAGUUGAAGCUGAAAUACCCCAGCUCCCCCUACAGUGGUCACAUCUCCCGCUCCCCGACUAAUGUGUCCCCCAGCUCCGGCCACCAAUCCCCAGCUGGCAGCUCCCCCUCCCCAGCUCUCUCCUACUCCUCCACGGGCUCCGCCUGUUCCAGCCCGGCCGACGCCCCUGACCUGGACCGCCUCAGGAGGGGUGUCAUCGAUGAGAAGGUUGUGGCCAUCCACAACCUGAAGACCUUCUGGACCAACGCAGCGGCCCAGCAGCAGCUGCGUCCAGUACGGGCUCUCCGCGGUGCCCCUGGACCCCUGGUCUCUGCCAAGAGGGAUGUGCUGAGCCUUCUGAACCUCUCUCCACGACACUGCUCCCCCAGUGACGCCCAAGACAGCCUGGAGCUGCGGGAGCUGGGGCUGCAGUCGCUGGACAGGGGCAGCAAGAACUCCUCCAACGGACACAACCCCAGAAAGGUGGCCCCCUCGCCUACCAUUUCCACUAGCAGCAGUCCUGGUGCUCGCUCUAUCAGACUACCGGCCGGCAAUGGAUACAAGUUCCUCUCCCCUGGCAGGUUUUUCCCCUCCUCCAAAUGCUGAGACACUUUAAAUAGUCCUAUUUCCUGUAUUUUGCCUACCACUUGCUAUCUUGUGUACCUUGGGAGUUGGGCACUUUCUGGAGGGUCACUAUUGGCCCACCGAACUUGAUUGACAAUGAAAAGGAUUUGAUUAGCCAAUGAGAGUGAUCCCUCAGAGGCUCAUGAAUGCUUAGAGAGUGUCUUGUCGUUGUGCCCAUAACACUGUAAAUGGCAAUGAGAAAGACUCAAAGACCCGCUACUGUGUUUGUGUGUAUGUGUGUGUCAGGUAGAGUGUGUGUGUCAGAUAGAGUAUGUGUGUGUCAGGUAGACUUCAAUGCCAAUCGGUAUUUCUUCCCAAAACAUUGCUAAUUGAGUGGGCCAAUAUGAAACCGCUUCAACUGGUCUCCUCCAUUCUAUUUUGGUUUCAAUCUAAUGAUUAUUGUUUGUUAUUGUUAUUAUUAUUAAUAUUAUAAUUAUUGUUUUGUAAAUUAAAUCCAGUGUUUCACAAUCAGUAUUAAGCGUUUUUAUAUUAUUAAAAAAGUGAACAAAACUGUACCAUGUAAAGAUGGAUAAAGUUAAAAAAAGAUAUUUUUUAUUAAAAUGGAAACAGGCAUUUUGCCUGAUUUCUUUGUGAAUUGAGUGUCUGCUCCGAAGCAUGGAUUCUCUUGCUAUUCAAUGUUAAGUACCAUGUAUGACUUUUUAGCCCAUACUUUUUUUAAAUUAAACAUGGAAAUGUCAUGACAACCAUCUCUGUCAUUUAUCAGUAUAACUGUUUCAAUAAAAAUCAUGUUUGCUUUCUUGUA